CCAAGACAUGCAUUAUUAUUGCUGAUAGUAUUUAAAAAGAUUAGCUUGUUGCAUAAAUCGCUUACGAAACGUAGUGAAAACAUCGCCAUCUGCCGUUCAAAUAUGAGUAUGCACAGUAGCACUCACUGCUCAUUGCUGCUUCCACCGCAGCUCACGCUUGCAUUAUCCCAGCACGUUUCCGUACUGAGCAGCUCUUGCAAUCUGAUUACAUGAUGCCCCACUUGGGUAAUGAUGACCCACUGCGUUACUCAAUGCAUGCCCGGACUACGUUACCCAUCAGAGUCAGCAGCAAUAACAACAACCAUAGCACUGUCAGGGAAGGACUUCCCAACCACCGCCUCCAGGUGGGGCUUGUACAUAGACAUCCACCAUUGGAGUGAGGCAGGCCUCCCUAGUGGGGUGAGCGCUGCUAGCAUGUCAUGGGAGAGACUAAGCAUGGCUUUGGGCGGUCCCUUACCUGCCCCUUAUAAUAAAACUCGGCCAGAUGAUGUCUCCUGAGCUGGCAGAGCACAUCCAAGCGGGCGGCAGCAUAGCAGACAGCUAUCAGCACGCACAGCUGCCCCUCUGUUUACAUCCCCCCUGCCCUGCCCACACAUACACCACGAGCCAUGGCAAAGACCAGCAAUAAGAAAUCCAUAAUCCUGGGGGUCAUCGGCUUCCUACUUGUUGCUUUCGGGACUUUGCUGGUGUUUUUAGUGCCUGUGAUAAUGGAUCAGCAAGUGGAAAAGGUAAGAACCCAGGAAUAAUGCAUAACGAGUCCCAGACGUUGCACUCAGAGAGCGUGGUUACUUAACGUUCCAAUGGAACUCUGGAAAACAAAGUUAGCGGUCGGAUGUCCUGUGCAUCCCAUGGGUCUGGCGAGCUGUGAGUAAUGCCUGGAGGGCGCUAGAGAUUCCGCGCUCUGAGUGCUGGUGGGUGAAAUGCAUGGCUUGACCUGAAUUUACCCCGGAUUAGAUACUGCACUGCUUUCUCCAAACACCCACCAGAUUAACCCUGAUCCUAUUGGAGACCAUAUUGGGACACACCGGGUUAAUUUACAAUGGUCACGUUUUAACUUAUUAUGAAACGUAGUCUUGACCUCAUGUUAUGUGUGAGCCUUCGAGGACUGGCAGACCCUUCAUAUCCAGAGUGCUUCUUCUACAAAAUGUCUCUAUUUUAUCAUCUGAUACUCCCAGUGAAUGUCUAAAUCGAACGUUUGUUUAUAUGAUGCUUACUGUUUUGAAUCCCCAACUCGCCCCCCUUCUUUAUAGUAUCUGUUUCUAUGAAGUCUUAAUCCCUGUAAAUCUUUCAGUCAUACUUUAGAGCUCACUCAUGCACCUUAUCUGUCUCUCCAUAAAUGCAGAGUCAGCUUUACAUUUAUUGCUCGCGUGUCUGAUGGCUAUAAAUUUAUAAAUAUCUGCUCUGUGUGCUCUUAAUACGUGCUAACAUUCAGUGCCUCAAUAUACAGUGUCUCGGUCCUUUUGAGAGACACUUAUGAAACCGUUUUCUAGCCUAAUGCUCUAAACCGCAAGUUAAUAAGGGCAUUACGACAGAGGUUGAUCAAACUGUUUGUAGGAUUUUAAAUUGAGGGAAUAUGUAUAUGUUCCAGGCUUCCAGCUAUUCUAGCACCCCUCCUUUUUUUUGGCUCUGUUUGUAUGGGCUGUGUCUUACUUUAUCUAACUGCUCUGUUGACACACUAGCUAAAUACACUUGUGUUGAGAUCUGAAACACUUGAGUUAGUGUCCACAGUCCUGUGGAGGUGCAGUAAAGAAAGUUAAGUAAAAUAUUCACCUCCUGUCAUUAUGACUUACGGUAUUUCUUUACUCUUACUAGAAUAAACUACAAUUCAUUAGCAAACCUAGAACAGAGUCCACACCAAUAAGGGAAAAUGGUAGUGGACUGUGCUUUUCAUCUGCUCAGGACUUGUCCUGAAACUAUGGACACUUCAAGAAAAUCACUGAAAUCUCAUUUAAAAGAAUGCACAGGCAAGCAUGUCCUAGCAUGAGCACAUAUAUAACGUUUGCUGUCCGGAGCUGAUGUGGCGGUAAACCUUUAAGACUCCGGGCUAUUCUCUAAACCGGCAUCUGAAGGGAAUUUCUCAUUUUCAAGUCGGAAAAUUGUGGAGAAAAGACCGUCUGCUGUUAUUCCAGCUGUUUUUGUGUAUAUUUGAUUUUUCUACCAUUUGCCAAGUAAGGGAGCUAUGGUGGCACACAGUGCCCUAACUGGGAAUCCUUCAAUAUGACAAUCCCACAUUAAGAUACCAAAUUAGGAAGCUAUUCGCUGAAAGAGCGAUAUUAAGAGAAGCCAUUUUCUUCAUGUUGCUCUCUCACAUAAUUAGUAGAGAAGUAUUUUUGUUUUAAAUUUAUUUAUUUUUUUAUAUUGAUACCUUUCUAAGUGGUGGUCAUCUUUCCAAUAUUUUACCUGCUUAUGUCCUGGUAUUUUUUAUUUUUUUUUAAGCAUUUUGGUAACUGUAACAGGUACAACAAUUUUAAAAAUUAUUUAUUUAUUUUUUUUGUCCUCUAACAUCCAUAAAAGUCGCAAAAGUACACUUCAUUAAUUGAAAACUAUAUUUGUAAAUGGUGUGUGAUGGCCUAAGAUCCCUGUUCCUGAUGGAGGAUGUAGCCGUAUAAUCUAUAUUCCAAGUCAAUUAAGAAUACAUUUGUACUUGUAUGAUUUUAGUGCACUAAUCCACACACGGCUAACUCAUGCCACAGGAUUUUAUCAGCAUUCUAUCCUAAAGACAAACCGUACAGUUUUCCUGGGACCACCAAGAUAAAGUACAGCUCUCCUAUCUAGUGUAACGUGAGGAUACAUUGUAUCGUGAGGUGGUCAUUCUUUCUAAAAUAUUAUUUCAGAAUUACAAAUCCACUCUGAUUUUAGUGAAUCCAGAAUAAAUCUGCACUUAUUAAAACAUUUCCAGCAGCACAAGGCAAGUUAAUAUUAUUUGGUGAUUGCUAAGACCAUGGGGUCAUGUAAACGGGAACCUGAACAGAGAAUGGUCAAAAUCUCUAUUCGCUUGUCCUUUGGAUAUUUCAUGCUCACGUUCCAAAGAUUAUUAAUUUUAUAUAAUACAUGCAUUAUUUUUUACCUGACUGGUCCCACCCACAAGGGCAAUCCAAACCAAAAUGCCAGCAGGUCCAGAAAACCUUUUUGGCCUUCUCUGGGUGGAAAUGGGACUUGGUGAGAGCUAGUCAGCCAAGAUUCCCUUUACAGUUUACAAAUAGCAGCAACUCUCUAGCUACUUUUAGCCAUCACUUCCAAAUUCCCUAUUGUAUCCUUUAGAUCAGGCUUCCCCAAACUCCGGCCCUCCAGAUGUUGCUGAACUACAACUUCCAUGAUUUUCAGCCUAUCUAUUUCAUUCAUAGAAUCAUGGGAGUUGUAGUUCAGCAACAUCUGGAGGGCCGGAGUUUGGGGAAGCCUGCUUUAGAUUUGUAAACUCAUGAGCUAUCUAGCUAAGCACUUUAUAUAAAAUAGCUUGAAAGGCUAGCUAUAAGCUUAAAUAAAGAUUAAAUUCUGUUCCCUAACCAGCACGUAUUGGCUACAAAGGAGCAGCUGCCUAUGAAUGCAUCAUGAAGGAACUUUUUCAGCUCCUUCUUACUGAUGUAUCAUAGUUGAUGUCACUAGGAGCAAAUUGUAUGAUGCGACAUCCUCCCAGUGCUAUCAGUCUAGAUGCUGUAUGGUAGAACAAUGGUAUCCCAUAAAUUGCCUGUGCUAUUGUGGCAAAACAGAAUUUUAGUGCUUUGGGUUCAGUUCUGACACUCAAAUGGUUAAUAAAACGUGUCUGUUUAAAUAAAAUACAUCGAAAACCAGUCUGGGUAAAUGCAAUACAUUGUUCUCGUUCUAAAUUACAUUUUAGUUGCAUAAAUUAUCAGUAAGUCACCUAAAAGUUCUCAGAACCGCUCUGCCUGGCUACACCUAAAAAGAUUAACGUCACUUAUGAAAUGUUGGGAGGUAUUUUUUUUUUUUUUUUUUAUCUUUACAAUUUAAAGCUCUUCCAUUUAGAAGAUAUGGCAAUGUCUACUUUGCAAGGUUAAGGCAGCACUGUCACACAGCUCCCUACCACACCCUUUAAAAAUACACAAUUUUUAUGAAAUACUCAUAUUGACUGUGUUGGGAUCUCACUGAAAUUCCAACCCAGUCAAGCGAUAUACUGAGGCAAAGAAGGGACAACUUUCUUACUCUCUCGCUCUGUCUCUCUCUCUCGCUCUGUCUCUCGCUCUCGCUCUGUCUCUCUCGCUCUCGCUCUGUCGCUCUCGCUCUCGCUCUGUCGCUCUCGCUCUCGCUCUGUCUCUCUCGCUCUCGCUCGCGCGCUCGCGCGCUCUGUGUCUUUCUCUCUCUCUCUCCUCCUGACCCUUCUUGACACUGGGCAGAGCUACCACCAUCAAGACUUGUCAAUUCAUCCCCCCAAGCCAUCACCAGUGACGGCUGCAGGUAAUUGGCUCUGUCUAGGAAGGAUCUCACAAGAUCCUCCGUAGACCACAGUGCUGUAGUCUUGCGCAUACCUGAGAGUUCAGCAGUGGACACGCCAAGAGAAGAUGUGAGGGACAGGUUCAGGUAAAGAUUUUCCUUUUCCUGACCCCUCUGGCCACUGGACCCACAGCGGUGAUUUCAAUUUUGCAAAGUCCACUUUUAAAUCCACAUCUUGUGACUGUCAGGCACUUCCACUGUGGUGGUGUGAUGUCACCGGAGGGGUAAGGGAAAAUGCUUUUAUCCAUGUUGUAUUUAGAUUGGUUAGGAACCUUAAACUACAUGCAGAGGACAACACUAUAUAACUUUAGGAAAACCAGUUUAUAUUCCUUAUGCUGUAUUGUUCGUUGAAACUGAUUUUAUUGUAACCAUAGUGAAUGUGGGUCACAUAUGCAAAAAGCCUAAUUUCUAUUUUUGUCUUGUAAAUUCCCUCCACAUCCAUAAAGCACUUCAGGAUGCUUUAUAGGUGAGCAAUAUCCAAUUUUAUUUUAGGUUAUUUCUAUGAGAAGUCGGUUCUUUUAUAAUUAAAUUGUGGUUGGUUAAUAUCGAUACUGUGAAAUACCUUGUGAUUGGAAUUAAGUCGGUGUGGUGUGCCGGAACAGACGUAGGGGUAGGCCUGUAAAAGGGGGCAAAAGGAAAUGCAAAAAAAAACCACACUUAUUGCAAUAUAAUUAUCACAUAAUAUUCGUUUGCCUUACCUCUUAACAGUUGUGGAAUGUUCUGUAUAACAUAGCUGAUUCCCAGUGAACCUAAUUUAUUAUGUGUACCGCUACUGGAUGCAGUUCUUAAUUUGAAUGGAUGUUAGGGUCCCAACCUAAUCUAACGCAAGGAGUACGCAUGUAUAACCACAUUUAGAAGUAGUUAGGGGAUUAUAUAGUAGAGCAAGUGUCUUGUCUGGUUUGAAUGUUGGCGUGCCAUGUGGUAGUGUCUGCCAGUCUGAUUAGCUGUGAUCAUGACGUUGUAGGGCUCUGGAACCCUUGGAAGGUUAAAGGCCCAGAGGUUUUAAGACUGGGUUUGUGUGGUACGGAUGCUGUCUAGGGAGUCUGAUACUGUCUGGAAUUCCCAUCCGUGUAUGUUGUUGUGAAGUGAUGAACCCAUUAUUUAUACCUUGAUGUCCCAAGGUAAGCAUUAAAGACGGGGUAUGGCUUGAAAGGCUUGUCAGAACGUGGUGUUGUAUGUCUGGUAAAGUGUGAUAGUGUUGUAUGAAGGUUUGAAUGAAAGGUGGCAAAAAAAAGUGUUAUAAUAGACUAUAGUUUGAACAGUGUGUAUGUGGAUGUGUUCCACUGAAUCCUGGAAGAAUGUCACUUCUCUGUCGUAUGUAUUCUUAGUGAAAGCGAAUAACGCUCUAGGUGAUAACUUAUUGUCGAGUCCUAAUAGCUGGGUGUCCAGAUGAGGACGUUGAAAUGUGGAUUAUGCUUGGGUGUUUGUCAGUUGGGUGAGGUACAAGACUGAGUGUCUGUCAGUAAUCGGGACGGCAUAGAACGCUGUAAUGGCAUUAAGGGGUUAAUUGCAACGUGUCAAACUUAACCGAGUAAAUCAUCUGACACCAAUGUUUUAAUAUAUUGACGUGAUAAUGUUGGACUUCAAGUAGGGGCAAUCUUACCCAGAGGGAGGAAAUUAAAUGAACGGACUCCAAACAGUUUUGGCUCAAAGUGAAAGACAAUAGACAUUCCCCCUUCUAUCAGGUAACAGCUAUAUAGCUAUCAGUUCCUUUGUAUUUACAUACCCAUAAUUAAUUAAUUACCAGAAUAGACCAUGAUAAAAAUGGUCAAUGUUGUUAAAGAUUCACACAACCUAGCCGGAUGGAACAGUUAAUACACGAUACAACAUAUUGAUAGAAUAAUGAAAGGAACUAGGUAUAGCAGGUUUAACGUCAGUAAUACCCCUAUAAGGCGAUCUUUGAAAAUACUGUGCAUUAAAGCGUGGUAGUAUUGAUGAAAGGAAAAUGGUGAAGGAACGAGAGGUAUUAAAGGAGUUCAGGACGUUUAUUGUGAAACAGAGGGUUGAUGAUAACGUAUGAUGAGUAGUCGAGUGAAGCUGUGGCCUGAUGUGGCAAGGCAAGAAAUCAAGCUCCCCGUAUGUUAGUAACCCCUUUAUGGUGUUGUGUGGCCUUGUAGAGGCAGUAAAUAGCAACAUGAAUUAAGAUUAAUUAGUACCUGAUAAACGGAAAUUAAUGGAAUAAUAACCGGGUUGUAGUAAAUGCUCUUGCGAGACCUGAAAUUGCUGGCCACAGUCUUUGUGCAACAUGUUAUUAAAGCAGAUUCACACAGGAGAAGCUGUGUAUAUCUGCAUUCAGGCUGUGACAUUGAAACGUUGCAGGAGUCCCAGAAUAUGAUUGGGAAUACAUUAAUGAAAUACAUAGAGGAUAAAGUAGUUAAGAUCACUGGCACCUUCCCACUGAAGCAGAAUCAAGUGACAUCGAUCAUUCUCUACAGUCACAGGGAAAUAUAUGGCCAAUACACUUUGUUAAUUGAAGUUCAUAUGCAUACAUAUUAGAACAUUUGUACUUGGACAGUGAAAUAUUUAUUGCCUAGAUUGCCAGCAUUGGUAAUCAAUUCAUAUCUCGUUCUUGGCAUUAAAAUGGGAUUUAAACAAGCCUCUUAAUUGAAAAGGUAACACUUUCCUACAACUAUAGUAUGGGAGUUUUAUAAAAGGAGGAUUUACUUAGGAGAGAAAUGCCAGUGUGUAAAGCUUGUGUUACUUCCAGGGCUGGCAAUCAGGAGUGGGAUCCUGCAGGCGUUUCACCUUAGUAAAUCCCACUGUCAUGAAGUGGGGGAAAAAAAGACAAAAGAAAUGUUGCAUAGAAGGGCAUUUCCAUGAGAAAAGCUGUGAAAUUGGACUUUACUUAGUUUAUUAUGUAUGAAAUGAUUCCCGUCAGAAGUGAAUGUCAGGGUUUUGGAUACAGAAGAGUGAUCUAAUCGGUAUUUGAAAAAAUGUCACAAUAUUGAGAAAUAUGAUAAACACAUUAAUACACAUAAAUUCAAUGAAAUAUGCUGAAUGGCGGGAAUAGCCAAACUGAAACAAAUAAAUUUGCCGAAAUGUCGUGCGUUCGUAUGUUUGAAACAUGUAAGUGGUGAAUGAUAAAAGUCGAACCGCGGGAAUAGCCUGAACGCGGCUAUUACCUGGCGUUCGGUAAUUUUGAGUUUUUCGACGGUGCUGCUUGGCGGGAAGGCAGAAAGGAAUGACGGGACCAGAACCGUGCUGUCAGGGACCGGAUGUCCGGCUAGACGAGGGGAGGUGAACAGCGUGCGUAUCCGGCAAGGUAGGAAGGUGGGAGUAGUGUUUAUAUAGGAACGCUAACUCCUCCCACAAAUACAGGCCUUAAACUUAUGAUACCCCUCCCUGUCAGUCAGAAAGCCAGGGAGGAUCGCUUCCUCCUUCUGUUAGCUUACCUGGGCUUACGGAAGCUUCAGAUGUGCUGUAUACUUCAGCUGCUCACACUGAGUGCACAGAUUCAGAGCCUUCUCAAAACUGAGUCUCUUCCAGGGGAAAUGGGGGAGGGCCUGCAAAGUCUACAUGCAUGUAUUAAUUGUGGUCUACUAUCUACUAAAUAGUGAUUUUAAUUUCCUCCCCCUCCCCACCCUUUCUGCUCCCUAUCUUGGUAUGUCUUAUGCAGACUUUGUAGCCAUUCUUUAAAGGAACACUUAAAGUAACAUUGCCACUAAAGUUCACCAUCCUGGUUUUGGUGCCCUAUUAGGCCACCCACUAUGUUGGUGCAGAGCUUUGGUCAUUGGCUGAGAGCAAUCAACUGACACUUAGCUCACGAGAACUAAUAAAAGCUCUCCAAUCCUAAAAAGUUAAAAAUAUUUUCAAAUAUAAUGCCAAUAGAAAUAAAUAGGCAAGGGAGAGAAUGAGACAAUGGACUAUGGUGGACGCAUUUCACUUCUUCUUUUGCUAAACGCACCAGGAGGCAUCCAACAUGGUAUUCCACUUAUCCUCCCCUGUUGCUAUUUCCUGGUAACUUUGCAUUUUGGGUAACUCUACACAUGAAUUCAUCUAUUGGGUAGACCUCAAAUGGAAAACGCAAAAUCUUCUACAAAGUAGAAAUUUGGCAAUUUGGAUUCCAGUUCACUACAGUGUGGAGUUUAGUGCAUUAACCCCAUAGUCUGCUCUAUAACUUACCAAUCAUUUUAAUCUUCUAGUGCCAUCUAUUGGGCAAAAAGUUUAAUAGCUGCGGACAAUACUAUUAAUCUAUAAAGUUUGCAUUAAGAAUUGUAAAUUGUCACAACCAAACUUUCCUUCUGCUGUACUCCGUUUGUGGGUUAUUCAGACACCGCCUGAAUAACCCCCAGACAUGAGUUGGGUUCACACUGCCUUCUGCAAUGCACAAUGUUCCUUGCAUCACGGUCACAGGUCUGUGAUUUAGAAGAGGUAGGAAGGAAACCUCUAGCUCCAGUUCCACUACACUAAAUUAGCUGUCGCAUUGCAGAUGCUCUUGACAUUCAAUAUACAUCUGAACGAACUGAUCCAUCCAGGAUUUACUUCUGGACUGUUAUCCAUGGAAUAAGAAUUUGAAAAUGGUUUUACCUCCUACCAUGCCACAGAACCAGAGGAUACAUUGCACCAUAACCACUACAACAUGUUGUAUCAUUGUGCUUAGAGUGCCAUUUUUGAAUGCUUCAAUCUACAAAGGUAAAUAAAAUGUUAACGUGGUCUGGGUGCCAAUAGUGUCCCUUUAUCUUAAUGAAGUGGACUAGGUACCAUGUCCCCCCUGUCUUUACCAUGCAGGUGAAAACAUUGCCAUUCUGCAGGAAAGGCAAUAUUUAUUUUCUUUAUUCGUGGGAUAGCCUGCCUCAAUCUAGUAGCUAUCAUACUGACCCUUAAUACAGGUGCCUCAGUCAGCUGGUCUCCUAGAGGCAUUUUGCUGUGUAUGUGCACCAGGCUCACAAUGCUUUCCUAUGGGAAAGCUUUGGAUUGGCUGAAAUCAUCGACCUUGAUGAUCUUGGCUGGAGACCAGUGCUGUAAGGGAGAAAAGACAGACUUUAAAAAAAAAAAAAAAAGAGAGAAUAUAUAUAUAUUUAUUUUUUUUUAAAAGGCAAGGUCACCUAAACAGUGAUUAGGGCACUACAGCAUUGGGAAUAAACAUUUUGUAUUCUUAUUGUUAUAGUGUUCCUUUUAAUUCUAGUGCGUUCCUGUCUUCAGACGAACUGAUAGGCUGUACUGGUAAGUAAGACUCUUUCAACAUACUGUCUACUAGUGGUAUGUUACAACCAGCUAUGCUCCUCUGCUUAAAUUGGAGAGACCUUAGCAACUGUAUUUAGUUUCCCAUCUCCCUAAAGAGGCCAGCAAGACAUUGGGUCACAAUAAGUGCCUUAUAUAUUGCUGUGUGAACUGACAUUUUUGACAUGGUUGGUAUACUUCAGUAUUUGGCUAUCUCUAGAAUGCUCCAAAAUAGGUUGGCACCAGAUUGUCUUUAAAUGCAGAGUCUUGGUUUGGGACUAGUGAAAUUACAACUGACAGGUGCACUAUGUUUUUGUGGACGUUAAGUUCUUCGCCAUGCUAUAGCCUAGGGUACAAUCUAAAAAGUGUAACACUUUGGUAUAUAGCAUUUAUA